CAGGACUCCGCCGGCUCGACCGACUUUCCGAUUAGAUAAGGGAGGAAAGGCUCAUCGGAACCCUAAUUCCCUCCAGUGGAGGAGACCAUGUCGAGGCGGGAACGAGACGUCCGCGAUUCCCAUGGCAAGCGUCUCCAUUCGAGGUUCGAUCGAGAGCCCAGUCCAAAGAAACUAAGAAGGGAUGAGAAACCAGAGGUUAACUUGGCGCAUUCGAGCCAUCGUCAUUCAAGUGUGAUGGAAGCUACUGGUCAUGAACAAAAACAACGACCUGCGCAAGAUGAAGUGCCACUUAAAACUCUUCCAGCUUUAAGUUCCCCAACUCUGCAGAAUGAAAAGAAGAAUCUAGAAGGAAAGGUUGAUAAGCCUUCCACAAUCACUCAACAUUCCUCAGACAAUAGAGAUGCUCCACGAUCUCGCUCAUACUAUCAGCACGAUGACCGUGGCAGUGCCGGACAAGGUGGUCGAAACUUCGGUCGAAGGGUUACAGAUCGUCGGAAAUGGGAUGAUUCCAGGGAAAAUUCUGGCUUUAAGGCUAGAGAUGACCUAAAUGAUCAGCCCAAGAAGGAUGAAAGGUCUCAGCCUCUUGCAGAUGAGAAAACCGGCGUCUGGCGACACGAUAGGUUCCAUGAGUUGGAGUCUAGAGUUCCUCCUUCCAAGAAAAGACCUGCUUUCAGGGAGAAGAAGUUGCCAGCCGAACCACCAACUGAUACAGCUGCAACAGGACCAGAUAAAGCAAAGCUAUCUACUCGUGAGCAACCAGACUUAGCCACUGCAAAGAGAGGAGAAGAAAGGGUUGAUAAGCCUGAUAGGACAUUUAUGAGAGCCGACGAUAGGCGCGAAAGGAGAGGAGAUGGUUUCUAUCACAGAGGAGAAAUACCGAGGAAUGUCGAUCCAUCGAGGAGGGAGAGAUAUGCAGGGAUGAGAGGUCGAGGCGAUAGGUUUAAUGCUCGGUAUGGCGAGAGAGACUCGAAUCGUGCCGGAGGCUUUGAAGUGGAGAAAUGGAAGCAUGAUUUGUUUGAUGAGGCAAAUCGGAGUCCACCUCCAAAGAAUGAAGAAGAGCAGAUUGCAAAGGUUGAAGCCCUCUUAGCAUUAUGAUUCUAGCUAGCUAUAAGCUCUUUCUUCUCAUCUUUGUGAUUAGAUUACCUGCUUAAGAUGUUCCAAUGGAUCCUUGAUUCCAUGUAUUCGUUAUUUUGUGGUUUGUCAAAUAUGUGAACUUAUGAGGCAAAAAUACUUUGGCUGUGAUCAAAUGCUUACUUUCUUUCUACCUAGUGAGUUUUUAUUUUCUUA